CAGUAGAGGGCGAAAAACGUCAAUAGAACAUUGCCGUCUGUAUAUUACAUCGGCGUCGUUCCAGCAGUAGCAUUUGUAUCAGUAAAGCUUUACACAUCAUUUUUCAGGUCUUACCGAAACACCACCGUCGCGCGAUGGCGGAGCCCGAAGUCGAAGAUGUAGCGUUUUUGACAGCCAUCAACCAUUACAGGGACAAUCAAGACAUCAUGCACAAGUCCAGCAUCUACGAACACACGGCCGUGACGGCCUGUUCGAGGCGCACAGCGUUGAUCAUGGCGAGCACUACCCUUUUUUUGAUGUUUUUAUGUUCGCUGCUCAUAGCUUACGCCGGUCCGCAAAAUGAUUGCCCGUGCAUUGGCGAAAGACCUAUGUUUUUGCCCGACGACGAUGGAGUUAACCGCUCUCGUUCAGUCAUACCGAUUGCCACAAACGGCGACAUUUUCCCUUGGAACAACGUACGACUGCCGACAUUUGCUAGGCCUUACAGCUACCACAUAAAAAUACAUCCUAACUUGACGAGCUUAGACGUAAAAGGUCAAGUCCAAAUCAACUUCCGGCUCACCCACGAUACCGAUUACAUAGUUUUUCACAGCAAAAAUCUUACCCUAGUUGACAAACAUGUGAUGAACGCCGAUAACCAUGAAAUACGAUUCGAAGUGUCCCGGACGCUGGAAUACUCAGCGGGUCAACAAAUACUGUUAGAGUUCGAAGAUACGUUGUCGGCGGAAUUAAAUUACACUCUACUCAUCAGGUAUACGACUAGACUGAGCAAAGAACUAGAAGGGUUUUACUUGAGCAGUUAUACCACGGGCAGAGGAGAAAGGAGGUAUUUGGCUACCACUCAUUUCGAACCAACUUACGCGCGUUCGGCGUUUCCAUGUUUCGACGAGCCUCAGUUUAAGGCGCGAUUUCGAAUGUCGAUUUUGAGAAACAGAUUUCACAUAGCGUUGUUUAACAUGCCGAUCAAGGAGUCCGUGGACGACGGGUUAUACAUGGGAGUCGGACUGAUGAGAGACGAUUUUGAAGAAUCCGUGGAGAUGAGCACAUAUCUUGUGGCGUUUGUCGUUUGUGAUUAUCAGUAUGUACAUGCACAAACUGCGCAGGGGGUCGCCGUACGAGUAUACGCACCCCCUGAUCUACUGUCCCAAACUACGUUUGCUUUGAACACCGCCACCCAAGUGAUGGACCAUUACACAGAAUUCUUUGGUGUACCUUAUCCGCUACCGAAACAGGAUUUAAUAGCUAUACCAGACUUUGGAGCCGGCGCUAUGGAAAACUGGGGCCUAAUCACGUACAGGGAGACUUCGAUAUUAUACGACGAAAACGAAACAUCGGCCGCCGCUCAUCAGUGGGUAGCCGUAGUCGUGGCCCACGAAUUGGCCCAUCAGUGGUUUGGAAAUCUGGUGACUAUGCGAUGGUGGAACGACUUGUGGUUGAACGAAGGAUUCGCAAGUUAUUUGGAGUACCGCGGAGUGGAGCACGUGAUGCCCGGUUGGCUGAUGAUGGCUCAGUUCGUGCUUGACAAGACCCAACAAGGUCUGAGGUUAGACGCACUGUCUACUUCGCAUCCGAUAAGCGUCACCGUGCACGACCCAGUAGAAAUCGAAGCUAUCUUCGACUCGAUAUCAUACAGUAAGGGCGCUGCUAUUUUGUACAUGUUAGAGAAGUUUCUCGGUCUCGAAACUUUGCGCAGUGGUUUGAACGAUUAUCUCAAUACACACAAAUACGGCAACGCGGAUACGAAAGAUCUAUGGAGUGUACUCAGCAAACACGCUAACGAAACUGUACAAGUUAAAGCGAUCAUGGAUACUUGGACUCGUCAGAUGGGGUUUCCGGUGAUUAAAAUCACUCGCGAAAAUAGUUCAUCAUCGACUAACGCGGUAUCGUUUACUGCCAUGCAAAGUCGAUUCCUACUGACUGCCGAAAUAGCGCACGAGGUGAAGAGCAGAGCUGAACCAUCUCCUUACGAGUACAAAUGGUUUGUGCCAUUAAGCUUUUACACGGAUAUCACGAGCUUCCGCGAACAAGAAGUCGUCUGGAUGAACAUGACUGAUGUGAGAUUCGAAGUAGACCCAAAAGUGCGAUGGCUAAAAGCUAACGUAAAUCAAUCUGGGUUUUACCGAGUAAAUUAUGACAACGGGUUAUGGGAUGAGCUUAUUGGCCAACUGAAACUCAACCACGAAGUAUUUAGUGCCGCCGAUAGAGCGUCUUUAGUCGAUGAUGUAUUCACGCUAUGCAGAGCAGGAGUUCUUAACGUAACAGUCCCUCUGGAGUUGUCCAAGUAUUUAUAUAAGGAAAGAGACUAUGUACCAUGGGCCACAGCUUUAGAACACUUUCAAAACUGGAGCAAAUAUCUAUCGGAGUCGUCACCUUAUAGAAUGUUUUUGAGUUACAUGAAGGGUCUCCUCGGUCCUGUUGCACGAUCAGUCGGUUGGGAGGAUGAAGGGACACAUUUAGAAAAGUUAAUGAGAUCAGAUAUAUUAGCUUCUGCUAUAUUAUCUGGAAUCGAAGACGUGGUUAAAGAAGCGAAAAACAAAUUUGCCGAGUGGAUGUAUGAAAAUAAACGAAUACCGCCAAAUUUAAGAGAAGUUGUUUAUUUAGCGGGAAUUAGACACGGAGAUGUUAAAGAGUGGAACUAUUGUUGGGACAAAUAUAACCAAAGUCGAGUACCCAGCGAACGAAAAUUGCUUCUUAAAAUACUAGGUGCUACGGAAGAUCCUUGGUUAUUGCAAAGAUACUUGUCGACUACGUUAGACCCGUCAAAAGUGAAAGCGCAAGAUGUAAAAAUGGUCCUGGGAGUAGUAGCUUCUCAAGGACUUCAAGGACAACUGUUAGCUUGGCGACAUCUUAAAGCGAAUUGGGAUAAUUUACAAACUAUGUUUGGAAACGGCACAUUUACAAUGGGGGGUCUUAUUACAGCGGUUACUUCUCAUUUUGCCACCGAGUAUGACUUCAAAGAAGUAUCAGACUUUUUCCGUAACAUAGAUGUAGGAUCUGGCACUAGGGCAUUGGAACAGAGUUUGGAGAUGAUACAGUUAAACGUUCAUUGGGUCAAGAACAACGAAGUCCACAUAUAUAAUUGGCUGUUGAAUCAUGAAAAAGCUUAAUAAAUAUAAUAUAUAUAAAUAUAGGAACGGAAUGUGGAAUAAAUACCUAAUUUUGAAAUGUAUGAUAUUUUUGGAAUGAUAAGUCAAACAAUUGUUUAAGACUGAUGCGGGAAUAAUGAGAAUUUCAAAUCGUUUGGUGUUAAAUCAAAAGAUAAGUUAUACAUAGUAUUUUCGAUAUAAAAAUGGAUUGUCUGAUAAUGUUACUUAAUACUUUACAUAAACGUAUAAUGCUUCCAAAUGAAAAUUAUAAUAGUAGUUAAUAACUUUUUUUUUACGAUUCACCAUUGCUUACAUAAGUGUGACAUUAUUAGCGUAGCUAUGUUUGAUAAAAGUUUUCUUAUAUAUAUUUUGUAUUACUGAAUUAUAAAAGGGGUUUGCUGAAAUUCAGGGUUUUUAGAAUAACAAAUUUUAAAUGAAUUGAUUGUCUCCAGUUUGUGUUCACAGGGUUACUUAAUAAUGUAUAACAGUAGCAUAAAGUGUACUUUUUUUUCUAUCUAAUUUAUGUAUAACAUUUUUUAUAGUACAUCAUAAUACAAAUUACAAUAGACAAAACAUACUUGCUGUUAAGGCGGUAUAGAUAUUGAGCUAAUAAAUAAAUAAAAAUGCGUACAAAAUUAAUCCACGGAUCGUGUUGUAUUAUUUUUGAUAACUUU